AUGAAUCGACUUUUUGGCUCUACUAAAAAGACACCUAAGCCUACCUUGAACGAUGCUAUUUCCUCUACAGACGUACGAGUAGACGCUGUAGAAGUCAAAAUAAAGAAACUAGAUGCAGAACUCACGAGGUACAGAGACCAAUUAAAGAAAAUGAGAGAAGGACCUGCAAAGAAAAACGUUCAACAAAAAGCACUAAGAGUAUUAAAACAAAAGAAACUUUAUGAAGCACAGCGAGACAACUUGCAACAGCAGUCAUUUAAUAUGGAACAAGCACAAAUGACGACUGACAAUUUACGUAAUGUCAUGGCAACUGUGGAUGCUAUGCAAACUGCAAACAAGGAAAUGAAAAAACAAUAUAAAAAUGUUAACUUGGACAAGAUCGAUCAACUACAAGAUGAAAUGGAAGAUUUAAUGGAAGCAGCCAAUGAAGUCCAAGAGUCACUUGCGAGAUCAUAUAAUCUGCCUGACGACGUUGAUGUAGAUGACCUUGAAGCAGAAUUGGAUGCGCUUGGAGAUGAAUUAGAGUUUGAAGAAGAAGAUGUACCUUCUUACUUACAA